AUGGAUAGGUUGGGCAGCGAAUUAGAAAUGAAUUGCAAAUUAUUAUCAACAUCUGUUGUGUCUACUAUCAAGUAUGGUAAUAGAUACAAUGUUAUAAAUGGGACUAUUGGAAGAUCUUUAAAUCAUACAAUCAAUAAUAAUCAAACAUAUGUUGGUCAAAUUUGUAGAUACAAUCGAUGGUAUUGCUCUUCCUCCUCAUCAUCAUCAACACCGCCACCAAACGAUGAAGAGGAGAGUAAAAAAAAGAAGAUAGAAGAAAUGUUAAAGAACAAGGUUGAUUAUAUAUCUCGAUUACGUAAAGAGAGACAAGAAAAAGAGGAACAAGAACAAAAAGUACGUGAUGAAAGAUCAGUCUUUGGAAAGUUGUUUGAUGCAUUCAAGAAAUCAUUUGAAAAGUAUAAUAAUCAGAAUCAACAACAAUAUCAACAACAACAUGGAUAUCAACAAGAUAAAAAAGGAAAAGAACAAACUACAAUAAUAUACAUGGUGGUUGGUGGCGCUGCACUAUUGCUUGGUGCAUCGGCCAUUAUACGUACAUUGUUUUCAAUGAACGAUGAAAAGGAGCAACAAGCCAAUAUGCAACGUAGACUACAAUAUAAAUACCAACAACACUUGAAACGUGAAAAGGAAAAAGAAGAGAAACGUGAAAAGGAAAGAGAAAAGUAUAUAGAAUACCAAAGACUAUUAAAAGAGGAACAAGAAUUAAUUGUUAAAUUACAACAACAAAAAUCACAACAACAACAACAACAACAACAUCUAUCAAAUUCUUCUUCUUCCUCUUUAUUUGAAGUUGAUUCACCUCCACCAUCAUCUUCAACAUCCACCAUCUCUUCCUCUUCCGCUUCCUCUUUGGACACACAACCAACUUUAUCUUCUUCUUCAACGCCAUCUGAAAAUUGGGAGGAACAAUUGGGUUUGAGCGUGGAUGAGAGGGACAGUGACCAAGAUAGUCUUUAA